UUACACCCAUCAUGACCGAAUGUCUUUGUUGCAUUCGUGCUUCAUAGAGAACCCUCUAAAAAGUAAAAAACCAUUAUUCUUCAACCAUUCCAUUAUUACUUCCAUACAUUUUAAAGCUAUGAAAGAAACCAAGUUCUUCAAAUAUUGUAGACUCUUAAUAAUCCUUAUGAUCAAUUUUUUGUUUUUGAAUGGCGCAAGAUCUGAGGUUUAUACGGUUGGUGAUGAGGAAGAGUGGAAUGCUGAUGCAGACUUCGUCUCUUGGGCACAGAAAUACAAAUUUAGCGUUGGUGAUGUUCUUCGUUUUACAUAUGUGAAGGGGCAACAUAAUGCUUAUGAAGUAACAGAAGACACAUAUAGAUCAUGUAAUGUGAGCUCUGGAGUGUUAGCAAAAUAUGAGAGUGGAAAUGAUCAAAUUAAACUCAAACAAGCAAAGAAGUAUUGGUUCAUUUGCAAUGUCCCUGGACAUUGCCUUGGGGGAAUGAGGUUUAGCAUAGAUGUUAAUAGCACAAGUGAAACAAUAACUCCACCAAUGGAAUCAUCUUCACCACUCAAUUCUUGUAAAAGUUAUGCCCCUGUUAGGUGGAGCAUGGGGAUUAACCUAAUGGCAUUUGGAAUCUUAGUAAGAUUGUAUUUUUGAGGGAAACCUUGUUACAUGAGAAUGUCUAUUACUAUUUUCCUCCAUUUUUUCUCUUAGUUAUUUCACUGUUUGUAAUAGGUGGGCUUUUAUUGGAUCAAAUAUGGUUUUUUAUUA